GUUAAAUUGAAUGUGUUCUAUUAGAUAAUUUUAAUGGUAUCCUUUACACUAACUAUUGUAUUUUUAGUAUCAAAUGUAUGAACGAGGAUAAAGUUGUAUAUUUUUAUCACACUUUUUUUAAUUUAUGAAGUUUAGUGCGAUCUCAUUUAAAGUGAGUCUAUAAAUCUAGUUAAUCUGGAAGAUAAAUAUAGGUGUGAUAGAUAACCUACCUUUUUACAUAAACUCGUCACCACUUGUCAGAAUUUGUUAUAGAAUUCACUCACCUAUAUAUUAAUGUGAAAAUAUGAUAACAAGCUAAUAAAAACGAACUAUUUUAUCUUUAAAGAAGAAGGAUGUAUUUGUAAAAUAUCAGCAAAAGAAUUUGAAGAAAAUACAACUUUUCGCCUAGCAAUCUGGUUCAAGCUAUUUCAAGGAAAUAUAAUCAAACAUCAAAAUUAUCGAAUAUAAUUAGGUACACGGUUCUUUGGUUUACUGUAUACUGAAUAUGUCAUCCAAUCAAUGUGAACAAUGUUUAAAGUAUGUAUUUACAUUAGUGUGUAUAAGAGACAUGUGGUGUGAAACGAAAAGUGUUAAGAUAACAGAUUGUUUGUAAACGUAAGUGAUGUGAAAAGAAAUUUCAUUCAUUAUAUAUUGUGAAAUUAUUCGUUCAAAUUUAGACGAAGGUUCUUAUUUAUUUUCUCUAGUUCUGUGGUUUCUUUUUGUUAAGUCUUGCUGAUUGGACGCUAUAUUCGUUCCUAAACUAUUCUGAUAACCCGCACGCCAGAACUAUACACCGGCCUGAACAUCAGAAAGAAGACGCAAAGUAUGAGAGGAAUACUUUACUACAAGGUUCGCUUUUGUACAUAAAACAUGGGUAUUGAUAGAUGUUAGCGUUUGUUAAAUCAACAUCAUGGUUCGGCCAAUGCGUUAACGACAUAUUAUGCUACUGACCAAUAGUAGCACGCCACGUUGGAAUUCUAGAAUGCUCCAUCAUGCUCUGAUUGACUGGGACUCUUCGGCUUCUUUUGGGCCUCUGGAGGCUCCGUUGAAGUUCCCCGAAAGCCGACUCAACACUUUUUAAACUCAUGAUUCUUAUUCAUUUAAAUAUUACUAUGAUAAAUAAUUCUAUUUAUUUUGUGUAUUUUAUUUAUAAAGCUACACCAAUUAUACAUUUUAAUGGAUUACAAUUAAUACGUAUACAAUUGCCUGUUCAACAAUAUUCAUCAUUAUUAUGGAUUGUAUUUAUGUUUCAAACGAAUUAUUUAAAUGAAACUAUUUUAUAUACAAUACCUAAUUUACAAUAUGAAUUAAAUAUGAUAGAUAAGUUUAUAUCAAAGAAAAUAGAUAAGAAGAUGUUCACAUAUGAAGAAAUAAAUCAAUUUAUUUUACCUGUACAACAAUUAAAACAACAACAAAAAAUGGAUCAACAAUUCAUUUACAAUGAGACGGUUGACAACUUUCAAAUAUCACUUGUAAAUGGUUAUAUUCAUGUGAAAUAUAUUAUCAGUAAUAAACAUGAAGUAUAUGAAUUGCCUGUCUUUUUAUCCGAUGGAAAAUGGCAUUAUUUUGAAUUGAUUCAUAACAAUUCAUAUAUAACUGUUUAUUUGGAUAAAAAUGUAUUUAGUCAAAGGACAAAUUUAACCAUUACAGAAUUACCUGUUCAACAAAUAAUUAUCGGAUCAUCCAAUUUAUAUGAAUCGUCAUUAUUACCAAUAAAUUCUAGGGUUAACCAAAUUACUGGUUAUAAUGGUGAUAUUGCGCAUUUUUUAUACAAUGGUAUCGAACUAAUGUCAUACAAGAAAAAAUAUGUACACAUUCAAUAUCCAUUAAAUGAAAGUAAUUUAGAAAAUAACUUUGAAUUUACACUUCAUCAGUGGGUGAUUGAAUUUACUGCCCAAUUAUUUGAAUAUAACGUAGGAUAUAAGCCAACCAGUUAUGACUUCCCUGUACAAUUUAAACAAUCCAAAUGUUAUCUUUCAAUCAUCAAUAAACAUUUCGAAAAUUUGCCAUUACUUAUUAAGUUUUCUUUUAAAACAUCAAUUGAUCAAGGUAUAUUAUUAUUUAUUUUAAACAAAUUAAAUGACAAUUUUCUACUUAUUGAAUUAUUCAGUGGUCAUUUAUUAUUCUCAAUACAUUUUAAUAAUGAACUAAUAACAAAGAAGAUAACAACAUUGUCAAUAAAUAAAGGAGUAUUGUUUAAUGAUUCACAAUGGUAUACGGUUGAAUUAUUACAAGAGAAUAAAGUAAGUGAUAUAUUGACAAUUCGAAUAAAUACACAAACAUCAAUUGAAACAUUCACUAAUAUAGAUUUAAAUGAAUUGCUUAAUUAUAAACAAUCAUUUUCAAAUUAUGUAAUCCAUAUUGGUGGUUGUCCUAUGUCAGAUUUUAUGAAAUUUCAAGGUAAAAUCAAAUCUAGAUUUGGCUUUCAAGGUUGUAUUGCCAAUUUCCAAUUGAAUCACCAUCCAACAAUCAAUCUUCUACAAAUGGCUAAAAUUUAUCCGAGUCUUGAUUGUAAUGAUCAUAUAGUAUAUGGAUGUGAAUCAAUGACUUCUGGUUGUGCAUCAUCACAAAAUAGAAAUAAUAAUAUCUAUCCAUUUCAGUCAAGUCUUCAUGAUUUUGAAUCUAGCGAUGAUUCGAGAAAUGUAUAUAUGUGUUAUAAUGAUGGAGAAUGUUUGGACAAAUUAAAUACAUUUUAUUGUGCAUGUGAUUUGACUACGUUUCAAGGUCAUCAGUGUAACGAAGUUGGUACGACUUUGCAUUUUGGUAAAAUCGGUUCAAUCAAUGCCUAUUUGUUCAAUUCUAAUGAAACUUUAACUAAUGCAAAACAGUAUACUGGAUUUGUACAAUUUGAAAUUGAGUACAAUGAUUUAUAUACCGUAAAUGAUAUAUUCACUUUCGGACUACAAUUAGAUAUAAAAAGGUUGCAUCAUACUGACAAGUUGAAAUCAACUGAUAAUGAUUUUAUCACUUUGUUAUUUGCUGGAAAUCAAUUUCAAAAUAACUUGACUUAUCUUCAUAUCUAUUUGGAACAAGGAUAUUUAAAAAUGAAAUUUUUAUUGGAUGGUUCAAUGAUUGUUAUUGAUGGUCCAAAGAUCAAUGUACAAGAUGGAUAUUAUCAUAGGAUUCGGGGAAUUAGAUCCAGAAAUCAGAUUCUCCUUGAAGUAGAUCAAUAUCAAACUGUUUAUCGUUUGUACAAUGAAUUUACUUCACUUUUGAAAACACGUUUUAUUUGGUUGGGUCAUUCACCAUUGUCAAAUUGUUCGGAUUUCAUACAAGGUUAUGUAACAGGGGUUUACUAUAAUGGAUUACGGUUAACUGAUCUUGCAUCUGGUUUACAGCAUCUGGCAUUUGUUAAAGUUACGCGAUACGCUGAAGUAGAGUAUACAAAUACAUUUCAAUUGAAAUUAGGACCAAAUAGUCCAUUUUACACUAAAUCCAAUCUACGAAAAAGAAAAAAACCAUUACAACUGUCGAAAACUACAUCUUCAAUCUUCAGUCCACUUUCAAUUUCAAAUGAUUUUAUUACAGAUUUCAAUAUACCUAAUACAAAUGGAAAUAAAUGUUCAUCAUGUACAAACAAAGACGAUUUUUCACGGAAUCCAUCACCACUUGUAUCAUCAUCAUCAUCAUAUUCAAAUGAUUUAUUACCUAAUUCUGAAAUUCAACCAACAAUAAUAACAUUUACAAAAUCAUUAAAUAUUUGGUUAUUUAUUUGUUUAAUUUUAACAGGUUUAAUUUUAAUCAGUUCAUUUGGUUUCCUUAUUUAUCGUUGUACACAACAUAGAUAUAUUGAAGAAUAUAACAAUCAUAUUGAACAUCAUGAACAAUCUACUUCAACAAAUGAACCACAUUUAUUACAAUCAAUAGAGAAUGUUAAAAUUAAUGAAUUAAAUAAACAAGAAUACUAUCAAAAUAAUCAUUAUUCUCAAAAUCAAUCACAACAAAAUAUUUCAUUCUAUCAUACAGGGUAUUUAAAUGAUCAUAGAAAUGAAUUGAAUUCAAUAAUACCUUCUUCAUUUUCUAUUCGUAAUGAUCAAUAUGCAAAUGAUAAAAUUGAUAGUUUAUCAACAUCUUUAUAUAUAGACAAUGUAACUCCUUCAAAUCGAAAUGAAACUUAUACUAGUCAGAAUGAAUUACAACAUGAAUUCAAUAAUCAACAAAUUGAUGAUUAUAAAUUAGAUAGAUAUGUAAAUUUAUCUACUUGGUCUACAAUACGAAAUAAUAAUAAUCUUAAUGGUAAUAUCUUAAAACAUUCCAAUUUCUUUACUUAUCAUCCCCAUCAACACAAAUCUAGUAUAAAUGAUUUUACAUUUGUACAAAGUAGACAAGCAAUGUAAGAUAUGUAUUAUGUAUGUGUAUGUGUGUGUGUGUUUGUUUGAUUACAUGUCUCCAUGUUAGGUUAAUUAUAUUAUGUUAUGUUUUGGUUAUUACAUAUUGAUGUAAUAAAACAUAAUUUAUGUUACCUCUUUGUAUUUAUGCUUUUUUUGUGUGUGGGUAUCAUUCAAAAGCUAAAAACAGAUAACGCAAUUCAACAGGGUAUGCUGAUAUUCCAUUUGAUCAGCACAUAUAUUAAAAUAUAAUUUAGACAAGUUGAAUACUAUAAAUCUCUUUUAUUUUCCUCUUAUAAUUAAUUUGCUUUAAAGUAAAUUGUUCUAUAUUAUUAUAUUACUAUUAUAUAAGAGGAUUAUUUCCUUCCAUGUUGUUAACCUUUAUUAUUCUGUAUAUAAGUAAAAGUCUAAUUUUCUAUACACAAACAGUCUCUACAAAAAAAAAAUAAUCACAAUUCUGUUGCUAUGACAACGAAAAUUCAAAUUAUUUUCAACAGAUCAUUCAUUAUUCAAUGUUGGUUUCUAACGUAAAAAAACACUUAUGAUUCUAUCAAUUCAAUGAAUUAAAUAAUAUUCAUCAUCUCAGUUUUAUAUAAUGAAAUUGUAGUACAUUUUCUAUGAAAUAAU